UCUGUUACUCUCUCAAUGGCCGGUGCAACAACACAACAGCCCACUGACAACUGGAUUUGCAUGUAUUAUUAUUUUUUUUUAUCAUGGAUUUAAUGUUUUUAUAACACUACAUCCUGAGUCAUCUAAAGAGCUGGAGGUGACCAAACUUCACACAUCACAUGCUUGAGGACAGUGUCAUGGUCACCUUUGACAGGGUGUUGGAGCAGCUGCGAUGGGUGCUGCAGGUGGCAACCUCCCAGGAGCUCCAUGUCCUGAUGGAGAGGCUGCUCGAGGCCCAGGUGUUCCCCAGCUACCACUACCUGUCCCUGGGGGAGGGUCUGCACAGCGUGUGGGAGAGGGACACCAGCGAGGCGGAGCGGGAGGACCAGGCUCGGAGAAUGGCGCUGCCAGUGUGGCAGAAAUGGGACGUGUGCCAGGGGAUUUUGCAACCUUUGUUACCGCAGCAGGAAACUUUGCCUCUGGAUUUGGAAUGUACCUGCAACUCCUCUGACUCAGUGGGAAUGGCAUUAAGGAAGGCUCUAUGUCCCUCUCCAGGUUCUGACACUAUAACAGAAGAAGGUACAUGGGGUGAUGACUUCUGGGAGACUUGGGAUUUCAGAACAAUUUUCAACAAUUUUGGAGACGGGGUUGAUUUGGCAGCGUUGGAGGAUGUUUAUAGUGACCCAGAAGACCCAGUGGAAAUGGCAUAUAGGAAGGCUGUCGAAGGCCGGUGCUCUCCAGGUUUUGACAAUAUAACUGAAGAAGGUGUGACUGAUAUUUAUCAAGAAAUUUUUGGGAAACCUAAUCCAAACCAAGGCCUGGAACAACACACAGAGCAAGCCCCAUCUGCAUCACUCGUUUCCAAGGCUCCUGACCAACUCUCAACUUGGAAGAAAGAAGGGAGAAGAUCACUGCAAAAAAGAUCUAGGUCAAGAUGUCCUAAGUCCCGCGCAAAAGAAACAGAUGCUGUCUGCCAACCAAAAAGAUCAAAGAAAAGCAAGGCCACACAAAGGUGCAACGAAUCGUCAACUGAUAGUUCAGCGGGAGAUAACACUCAAAGUAUCGUCCCACAUGUGGUCCCACAUGUGGUCCCACCACCCAGUCCUCAGUGGAUUUUCUCCGUCAGCCCCUCCGCCUUUGUCAGUGUUGCUGGCUUUAACCCUGCAGCUCUGCUCCCCCCUGCUGACCGUGCACCCCAUCAGUCCACUCACACCCACUCUCCCAAUCCAACUUACAUUAUAGCCAGUCCUUUUCCUUUCACAGUGACGCCUGUGACACCACAGAACCCGCAAGUCGUACCCCUAUCUCCCAUAAGUGGAACAGUGGCCCCAGAGAUUCUGUCGGUUACUCCAGGCAGUUCCCUAUCGGAUAGAGUCAACAGAACCACCCCAGCGCCUGUGCCUCUCCACUCUCCUACCUUAGUAGCAGCGGGCCCGGUGUCACCCUCCAUGGCCCACAUGGUCAGUCCCGGAAGCUCAUCACCCAACUGCACAAACAGAUUUCUGUGUGUAGAACCCACCACUGCCCCAUCUCCUCCAGGGAGUCGAUCCGCUGAGUCAUCGGAAGAUGUUGCCACGAAUCCACAGCAGGCUGAACAGCUGCCAAGUUGUGUUCAAAGCUAUUCGCAACUUGUGAAGUCAAGCAUGAAAGAGAGCUGUGAUGAACUUCGGAGGGGCAUGACCAUGGACUCCCACUACAUCGAUGUUCAUUUGCGUCAGCGAAAGGUGCUGGGGACAUCAGGGAAUAACACAAAGUGCCUGGAGAAGGUGAUGGCCAUCGCCAGUGACACAGACCAGCAGAAGGUCACGCUGACCAGGAAACAGGUGUUCACUGACAGCCAGAUGAAACAGAAGCACGUGACUAUUCUCCUGGGAAGACCUGGGGCGGGCAAGAGCACCUUCAUCAAACGCCUCUGUCUCGACUGGGCCAAGGGAGGUCUGCCAAGAUUCCGCUACCUCUUCUUGCUAAACUGCAAAACGUUGAAUCUGACGCGGCCAGACUACAGCCUAAAGAGGCUGCUCUUUGAUCUGUCCACCUCUCCUCGAUGUGAAGAUUCGGAGUCUGUGUUCAAACAUUUGCUCUCGGCUCCCAGAGAGGUUCUCAUCAUCUUUGAUGGCUUUGAAGACUUCAAAGACCACGGGGGCCUCCUGCAUUCCCCUGCUACCUGUACUGAGUCCGGUGGCUUUAGCAUCAAGGACCUGUUCUCUGGUCUUUUCCUCAAACGUUUUCUGAAAGGCUGCACACUCUUAAUUGCCUCGAGACCGAGUGGUGCCUUGACUCCACUCCUGCGCAAAGCAGACUGCAUUCUGGAGCUCCCUGGCUUCUCUCCUGAGGAGAUUGACUCAUACACCUCACUCUACUUCCCGGACGAGGCACGUGGUGCCAGCGCACUGACAAAAAUGAAGCAGCAGAAGUACGUGUACAGCCUGUGCUCCAAUCCUCUUCUGUGCCGAUACACAUGCUUUCUGCUGGAGCACUCGGACAACAAGCGUUACACUUUGCCCUCGACCCUCACAGGCCUCAUGUUACGAGUUCUCUCCCUUUCCCUGCAACUGGCUUCUCAAACCCAGGACAGAGGAGCAUCAGACAUAUCCCAGCUAUGCCCCCUUGCGUGGGAGUUUCUCAGCACCCACUCCUGUCUCAUGUCAGAAGAGCAACUGGGAUCAACAGAAAUCAGGGACCAUGGGCUUUCAAGUGAAAUACUGACCUCCCAUACUGUUGGUGGCACGAAUGGUGCAGAGGUGACGACGACAACCAGCUAUUCUUUCACCCACGGCCUAAUCCAGAACCUACUUGCCUCCAUGCACCUGGUCACGUCGGACAGUGUGAGUGACAAGGCUCUGGCCAACCAGAUCAUGGGGAGGAACUGGAGGAGGAGGGCCCAGGGGGAGUGGCUGGGUGUGGUGCAGCAGAUGACUGUUGGCCUCCUCUUCCAGAGCGGCAAGAUCCCAGAGACCAUCAUCUCACACAUUACCACUGACAACACCAGCAAGGCCAAGAAGAAGGCUGUGGAGGCCCACUUGGAGUCCCUCAAGUCUAUUGACUUGGCACCCGCAAGACUGCUGGAGUUGGGCCACUGCGUGUACGAGACCAGCAGCAAGAAGCUGAUGAAGCAGUUGGUGAGCGGCUUACCUGACAACAUCAGCCUGUGCGGGGCUCAGCUGACCCCACCGGAUGUGUACGUCCUCUGGCAUGUUCUUCAGGACACCAGUGCCCACACAAGGCAGUUCUCCAUUGACCUACAGGACACAGGCAUCACAGUCAAUGGUCUGAAAGACCUUGUUGGGCUGAACUGUGUCUCAUCCUACAGAGCAGCUUUGGUAGACGUAAUCUCGCUGUGGAAAGGCCUUCAGCAGGAGGGUGAUAUCGCUUUGCUGACAAGUGCCAUGAACAAGCUCACCCUUCACCCAUUCAAGGCUACACAGGAAGACCACAUCGACCAUUUGGCUGCGCUUCUCCGAAUUUGCGAAGAGAGGAGGAACUCACAAAGUCACAGAGACCCUGCAUCAGUGGAACAUGAUAUACCUGCUAUUAAGCAACUGGAGAAGCUUGAUUUUGAGUUGGGUCCUAGUAUCGCCCCUAUGGUCUUCCCUAAGUUUGCCCGAAUUCUACCGUCUCUUGGAAAUCUGAUGCAUUUGGACCUUGAAAAAAACAGGAUUGGUGAUUCGGGUGCUGAGCAGCUGGCUGAUGUUCUGCAUUCUUUAUCCUCACUAAAAAUGUUAAAUCUGUCUCAGAACUUCAUUGGAGAUAAGGGACUGGAGAAGCUCGCCCCAGGUCUGGCUGCAGCACCCUCCCUUCAAAGCCUCAGCUUGUACAACAACUUGAUUGAUGAGCAUGGAGCAGAGAGACUUGCUUUGGUCCUACCAGAGAUGUCGUCCCUGAUUGACCUUGAUGUCUGUGUUAACCUAUUCACCGAUGUUGGGGCUCAGAAAUUAAGCGACAGCCUGAAAAGAUGUCCUUGGAUAAAGUCACUUGGGCUGUGGAACCGUCACCUACCACCUCGCUUACUCCAGAACUUGAAUCAACAGGAUAGAAGAAUAAAAAUUCAGUUCUUGUGAUGGCGCUAACCAAAACUGUAAUCUGUCGAUGCUGCUACACUAUUUAUCUAUGCACUACAGGGCUGACAACCUGUUCUUUUGCACAUUGUAACCACUGUUUGCACUAUUUCUCUUCUAUCGACUUGAUUUUCUUAUUUUGUACAUUUUUUUUUACAAUACAAUAUUUUUCACAACAUUGCCCCAUUUGUCUGCUACUAUUCUGGUUCUCGCUCAGGAUAUUGAUAUUCUUAUUAGAUGCAUCUGUGUUGGUCAGGUUAUGAAAAAAUUACACUGACAAAAAAAUUA